UGUGCUGCCUGGCAAUAAGAAUAUGAAUAAAGAAAAUCAAAGUAAACGAGGAAUUUUCGGAAUGUUCAACAGUUCAAUGUUGACUCAAAUAAUCAAUCUGUUUGAUUCGAUGAGAGAGAAAAAAAAGAUUGAAAUGAAAAGCCAAAAGGGUUAACAAAGUAGCAUAGAUUAUAUCAUCUUUACAUUGACUACAUCACUUAACCCUAUUUGCCUGAUCCAUGAAAAUGAUGGAAAAAUUUGCUUCUCUUUUUUUAUUCACUUUACCUUUUCUCAUUCAGAUACCUUAAAGGUAAGUUGACACAUAUUCACACAGGUUGAGGAAACUGGAAAGAUUGAGCAAAAAAAAUGUGUACAACAUGAAAAAACAUGAACAGUAAAUGAAUUUGACUUUUUUCAUUCAAUGCUAGCAACAAGUGCUGCCUCCAGUUGUGAAGUUGAGUUGGUUUCGGUUGAAUCGAUGAGAUGAACAAGAUGACAGUUUGAGUUACCUUUAACCAGUUUCAAUCAACACAAAGUACCAUUGACUGACGAUGUCAGAGUCACCCGUAGAAGAGGCGAGGGAAGCCCGUUCACCGCCACCUAAGAAGUGCGGAGUCUCGGGUGAUAGUGUCACAUCUUCAGAUACCAUUCCAAUCCCAGUUUAUGCCAAAGAUUCAAAAGCACGGCAAUUAAUCAAAGAUGCACUGCUGAAUAACACCUUUUUGCAAAAUUCAUUGGAUGGCUUUCAAUUAAGGCUUAUUGUUGAUGCCAUGUAUGACAAGACUUUUGAGAAAAAUGACUUCCUCUGCGAACAAGGAGCCUAUGGAACUCAUCUUUUCGUCACUGCAUCGGGCAGUUUCCAGGUUAUUGCGAAUGGCCGACCAGUGAAAACCAUAGGACCAGGAAAGGUGAUUGGCGAACUGGCUAUACUAUAUAACUGCACAAGAACUGCUUCAGUACAAGCUCUGACAAAGUCAGGCGUUUGGGUUUUGGAUCGGAAGGUAUUUCAAGCAAUCAUGAUCAACACGAGUCACAAUAAACGAGAAAGAUAUCGUGCUUUCCUCAAAAGUGUUCCUCUAUUACAAAGCCUUGACGAGGAGUUGAUUGCACGGAUUGUGGAUGUUAUCGAAUUGCGAGAGUUUCCAGAAGGAAAUUAUAUCUGUCGCCAAGGUUACCAUGGAGAUUCAUUUUAUAUUGUUGCAAAUGGCUCGGUUCGAGUUACUCAGGAGAUUCCAAUUAAAGAUUCAAAGGUGAAAGAAGAGAAAAUUUUGCGAACUCUCAAGAAGGGAGAUUAUUUUGGUGAACAAGCACUUUUAUCAGGAGGAAACUUGCGAACUGCCAAUGUCAUUUCAGAGGAAUGCGAAUGUUUAGUUCUCGAUAGCAACAGUUUUUAUUCACUUGUUGGCGAUUUAAACGAACUCAGAGACAAACGAUACAACAUAAAUGAAGCUGUUCCCAGUGAAACACCAUCAUCAUCAACUGAAUUAUCAUUGACAGAACCAGCUGAUCAUGACUUCUUUAAUAGCUUAAAGUUGGAGGACUUUCAAGUGAUAGCCACCCUUGGAGUGGGUGGCUUUGGUAAGGUGGACUUGGUCUAUUUAUCAAGUGACCCUGAGAAGGUUUUUGCCCUUAAAUCGUGUGCAAAAGUCUUCAUCAAUACAACGCAGCAACAAGAACAUCUUAUCAAUGAAAAAGUUGUUCAAAAAAUUGCUUCUCAACAUCAAUUUGUGGUUAAAUUGUACCGAACCUUCAAGGAUCAACAUUGCUUAUACUUUCUUCUGGAAGCAGCUCUUGGAGGUGAAUUAUGGACGCUUCUCAAGAAGAGAGGACGCUUCGAUGAGUCAGAAGCUCGUUUCUACCUUGGCUGUGUUAUCGAAGCCAUUGAGUUUCUUCAUUCCAAUAAGAUUAUCUAUCGAGAUUUGAAACCAGAAAAUUGUUUACUCGAUGCAACUGGUUACUUAAAAAUAACAGAUUUUGGCUUUUCAAAGAUUAUAACUCCGGCAACAAAAACUUGGACCUUUUGUGGGACACCUGAAUAUGCUGCUCCUGAGAUUAUAUUGAAUCGAGGUCAUGAUAAAGCAGUUGAUUUUUGGGCGCUUGGCAUUCUUUUGUAUGAACUGUUAACUGGAGUGCCACCUUUCCAAUCAACUGAUCCCCUGAAAACUUAUAACAUCGUUUUACGAGGAUUCGAUGACAUUGUUUUUGACAGUAAAUGUUUUUCCAUUAACGCAAUUCACUUGAUUCGUCGGUUGUGCCGUGAUAAUCCAUGUGAACGACUUGGUGUUCAAAAGAAUGGAAUCAACGAUGUUAAGAAGCAUAAAUGGUUUCAUGGAUUUGACUGGGAAGGUUUGGUUAAUCGUCAAUUAAAACCGCCGAUUGUUCCAAUAUUAUCUGGACCAGCUGAUACUCGCUAUUUUGACCUGAAUCAAGCUGAUGUUUCAAUAAGAGUGAAAUUGGAAAAGGAAAUACAAUCAUUGAUAGAUCAAGAGAAAAUUGCAACAGUUGAAGGUUGGGAAGUGGACUUUUGAACUGAAUCCAUCACAUGUCUAACAAUAAGAUAAAUGUUGACGUUGGAUUAUUAUUUUGUUUUUAAUGUUACCAUGAACUUGGAAAUAGUUUCGAUCAAGUGUUUUCUGUCAGCUGGUUACAUUGAAGUGAAUGAUGAUGCGUGUAUUGAUGCCAUGAAUGCACGAAUGAAAAUAUAAUCGGCUUGAUAUUAUAUUGCUAGCAAUACGUUCUUUAACAUAAAUGAAUAUCAGGCUGCCAUACCUAAAAUUUUUGAAUUAAAAAUAAUAUCAAGUUCUUGUAAUCAUCGUUCGUUAAAUUCUUUUUGAUACAUCUACCCUCAUGCUUUUAUUAUAUUAUAUAUGAAUUUUAGCAUCAAUGUUCUAUUCAAAUUAUUUCUGUCAAAAUUUUUCGAUUAAUGCAAGAUUGUUUUGUUUGAUCUGAGUAGCAUAAAAUGGCUUGCGCCAGCUCCGUUUUCCCCAAAAGUUUUCAAAAUUUUUUCAAUCAUUUUGCUUUAAACGAUUGAUCAUAGAUUUCAAGCGUUUUUUGUUUACAUUAUAAUUACAUUAUUCAAAUAGAUUGAAAAAUCUCUAGGAUUGAUUUGCUAACAUUAAAAAAGAACGCAGAAGUAUCCACAUAAAGUGGAAGUGUU